CUCUUCCCCUUGGAUCCCACUACCAGCCGAGUGGAUGCGAUCUACGCCUUCUUCCCCUGCAGCAGCUCCUACACGCAACAGCUGCUGUACACGCUGCGAGCCGGCGCCUUCAUCGACCCAUGGGUCAAGGCGCGCGUGUGGGACUACGGCAACCUGGCCUACGCCGCGGGGCAGCUGCUGACGCUGGCGGUGGCGGCGGCGGCUCCGUCGCUGUACGAACGCUGGCGUCACGGGCUGUUUGUCGUACACAGUGCCAGCAUUCUGCUGGGCUGGUGGGCCUCCGCAGUGGCGGCUCCCGCGCAGCUGCUGCCGCUGCUGGGGGCUGUCUACAUCGGCGGUGUGAAGCGGCGAGUGGGAGCGGUGUACUUUGCAUGGAAGGCGCUUACCGUGCAUAGGCUCCCCUCCCGGCUGCAGCUGCUGUCCGGCCCCGCCCUGUGGCUGCUGGCGCUGCCCACCAUGGCCGCAGUGGACCGCCGCCUCGCAGCACCUCCCGCAGGGCCGCUGCAACACAAUCACCUCGAC